AAAACGCAGGUCGUUUUGCUCUUACGGUAUCCCUUUUCUUUUCUUCACUUCCUUCUUCUCUUCUGUUCCCGCGCCGCUCCACACCUCUUCCUCUUCGUUUUUCUCCAUCUCUGAACGGUGCCGUUUUGUUCUGUGAGUGUGUAGAACAUGCUGCGUAGAAACAUUCGAUUGAGGAGAGAGUAUUUGUACCGAAAGAGCUUAGAAGGCAAAGAGCGCUUGCUCUAUGAAAAGAAACGCAAAAUCAGAGAAGCGCUUCAAGAAGGGAAACCCAUUCCCACUGAACUCAGAAAUGAGGAAGCUGCACUUCGGCGCCAAAUCGACCUUGAAGAUGAAAACACUGCUGUUCCAAGAACGCACAUUGAUGAUGAGUAUGCUUAUGCUGCGGAAAAGGAUCCCAAGAUUUUGUUGACCACUUCCAGGGAUCCAAGCGCUCCUCUUCAGCAGUUUGUAAAGGAGUUGAGUUUUGUUUUUCCUAAUGCUCAGCGCAUGAAUCGUGGUGGUCAGGUUAUCUCAGAGAUUAUAGAAUCUUGUCGUGCACAUGAUUAUACUGAUGUUGUUUUGGUUCAUGAACAUCGUGGUGUACCAGAUGGUUUAAUUGUUUGCCAUCUACCAUUUGGUCCAACUGCAUAUUUUGGAUUACUCAAUGUGGUUACAAGGCAUGAAAUUAAAGACAAGAAAGCCAUUGGAACUAUGCCUGAGGCAUAUCCACAUUUGAUUCUUGAUAACUUCUCAACUAAGUUAGGUGAAAGGUCAGCGAACAUUCUCAAGCAUCUUUUUCCAGUGCCAAAACCAGACACAAAACGAAUUGUCACUUUUUCCAACCAAUCUGACUAUAUCUCGUUCAGGCAUCAUAUUUAUGAAAAGCACGGGGGCCCUAAAUCUCUAGAACUGAAGGAAAUUGGUCCACGGUUUGAGUUACGGCUUUAUCAGAUAAAGUUGGGAACGGUGGAUCAAGCUGAAGCUCAGAUAGAAUGGGUCAUUAGACCUUACAUGAACACAUCUAAAAAGCGGAAAUUUCUCAGUAAUUGAUGCAAACAUUGUUAUGAAUUUUGAGCUCACAUUUCACUUAACUGUACUUCCGAGGAUGUGUAGUUGAUGAGGUUGACAAACGAACUAAACUAUUUAAACGAAAUUUAUAUGACACUUAGUGAGAUAGCAAAAAUUUAAGCAAAUGACAAUGAAAAUGUACUUGCUUACUUCUUGAUGAAAAUUAUUUUUUAAAAUU